GUCUAAUGGACAUUGACGCAGAUCCGAUGAUGACCACCGACCUCCAGGUAAACAUGGACGAGUCAACGAAUUUUGUGGAUGAAAAAAAGCAAGAACUACACCAAGCCAUAUUAAUAAUAAGGCAACUCUAUACAGUAGCUCCACAAUGUGUUCAAGUAAUUGCUCAUAAUUUGGAUUACCUAGAAUACAUUGAUAAAAGAGACAACAGAGACUUAUACGAGAUCGAAAUGAAUGCGGAAGACGGAGAAUACAAGUCGUUUGCCGAUGUGAUUACGGAAAUACGAUGUCUUUUGUUGAACUGUUACAAAUAUUUUGGCCCUAGACAUAAGACUACUUAUGCUGCUUUGAACGUUGAAAAAUUGUUGGAUGAAUGUAUUUUUUGCCUGGACGAACGUCUAAAGAGUACAACAGAUGUUCAACAGGCGUUGGAUAUAUUUAAAACGGAGAAGACUUACGACUAUAAAUACUUAUACCCUAAAGACCAUUAUGAUUCAAAGUUAUUAAAAAGUGUCGCUCAUUGUCGUCCAGAACGAUUGAAGAUAUAUCAUAACGCUAUUGAGGAUAAGAUUGCCCUAACUGAGAAAAGUGUUAUGUUAUUAGAAGAACUAAAUAGAAGGAAAAAUGAAAUCGAUUUUGAAUGCCACAGUCAAUAUGUAACUUCAAUGUGGGAGUUGGCUGAAAUCGGAAACUUCGUAUCUGCUCUUGCUGGGACUUUUCAUAUCGGAGAUGUAUAUCAAGGCGAAAUCGAAGGGAUGUUUUUGAUACCUAAAGAGUCGACGUUAAUGAGUAAAAUAAUGACAUUAUUGUUGGGGCCGAUGAGCGGUAAGAGAUGUAUCAAUAAUUUAAUGUCAUACAAAGUUUGGACCGAGAAAUUGUCGAAAAAAAUAUCGAGUUGGUUUGAAGUUUACCACGAAAAGGACCAAGGCAAAGCUAAGGUUUUCAAAGAAUUCGGCAUCCAUCGAGAUUUUUGGACUGUCGUGGGCGACAAGAACCCAUUAAUCGAUAAAGAAUAUUUUGAAUUGCCAUACUUGGUUAAAGUCUGGUUACUUAAAGGACUGUGCGAUCAUGUACUGUUUAAAUAUAAAAGUAUGAAGGACAUUGUUGUAAAAUGUAAAGAAGAGAAAUGUACAGUAUGGAAAAGCAAUGAUGGUACCGAAGAGUAUUUUUACUUCAGUAUAAUGCCCGAUCUGCGACUGUACUAUCAUAAAACUUCCAAUGAUAAGAAGUUCGAUGGCGGUCUUAAAGGAGAACCAUUUGAAAACAGAGAUCUGGAAGACGAAUUGCCUAGGCUCAAAGGCAUAUGUAAAACGUUUCGAUCGAGAUCCCAGUUCAAACCUAACGAAGAUAAUUUCAAAAUGAUAGCCAACACUGUGCAAGGAGUCCGUACGCUUAUCGAGGAAUCCGUAGCCGAGGGAAACCCUGAGAGCUUAAUACUUUCGCUCGAAGAAUAUCUCCGAUGGGUUGAAAAGCACGAAUACAAUUAUCUAAGCACCAACAACGAAUCAAAGAUAAACCUGUACAGAGAUUGGAAAUUGACACAUCCUGCGAAUAAACAUAAAGUCAAAAAAACCAAAUUAGUUGGUUGCAUCUUGCAAAUUCCAAAGAAAUGUCUUUUUGAAGAUUACAGCGAAGAAAAAGAACCUAUCAAACGACGACAAACGGAAGACCAUCAGGACAUUGAUGAAUAUUAUGAAAAUAAAAAAGCAAAGAUUAUCAGUUGUCCGGACACUUCACUAUACUCAUCUCUUAUCAGCGAAGAUGAAGAUGAAGAUGAUAGCUGCAUUAAAAUAGUUUCCGUUUCAUCAGUAGCGCCUAGACCUUUGAAUACUUCACCAACUGUGUCGAGCGUAGAUUCAAAAAACUCAUUGUGUACAAUUAGCAAUUUGCAAAUAACAGAAUGGAAAUUUAUGAGUUUGGUGUUUUUGGACAAUACGUGCUAUACUCGAGAUAAACCGAACAUGACCGAAGAAAACCCACAGAAAAGAUGCGUUAGUAUCCCGGACGUUAAAGUACCAUAUGAAAACUACGGUGUGAUGCCACCCUUUACGGUUACUGAAGAUGUGGGAUACAGUUUUAUAUUCACUGGAUAUUCGCUGUCAACCAAUGUACAAAGUAUAAACAGUUUUAUGGCCUUUAUACUGGACACCUAUAUCGGUCGUGCCGUAGGUCAAUCAUUGACCGCAGUGAUGAAGAACUAUGUAGAUGAAGGUCGUUACGUCGAGGCAUUUAUUCGGUUUAUGAACGUGAUCGAAAGUGAAGGCAUUUCGAUGUUGAGUAGAUUAUGUCAUGUAUCAAAUAAAUUGAUAACAAAGAAGGCAUCGAAGGAUAUUAAUGAGGUCUUUGAUACCAUCAUUCCUAUAAUAGAACUCAUUUACAACAAGUUUAAAUUGCAUUUAAUAUCGACUGAGCCGGUGCGUCAAAUGGAAGCCGCCAUAGACGUAGUAAGAGUGUCAGAAAGGGGGGGUUUGAAAGAACGAAAAGAAUUCUUCAAACUGACAUGCAUGGAGUUUAGUCAACGGUAUGGUAACAUGAUGGACUUGGUUAGUACAGGCGUAUAUGCCGACGUCGAACUUCUAGAGGCUACCCAAAUGGCCAGACAAGAACUAAAACGUAUUUUAGAACGUGCAACCAGGUACUUCAAAAAAGAAACGGACGCUGAACCACCCGGUGGUGGCGAACUGCAACAACUCUUAAGGAAAUGA